CUGUGUGCUGGAGGGUAAUCAGGAAGGUUGAAGCUUUCCGUCAGUGUUGAUUCAGUCCUAAGCGACGUCACAGCCAGUCAAACUGGAGCUGUGGCUUAUUGCUCUGCUGUUUGCUUCCUGCAGAUGAAAAUGGCUGAAUCGCACAGGGUGACAGCGCAGGGCAGGAAGAAAUGGAGUUUACCACAGAGAGACGAGACGGAGCCGAACAAAUUGGUCUCUCGAUGUCCGGAUGGAGAAGCUGAAAGAAAACUGGAGCACAGCAAUCAUGGACCCACAAAUACAAAUACUGCUUUUGGAAAGCAUUCCCAUUUCUGUUUAGGACACCAAGACUUAUUCACAAAAUAAGUGUGAUUUUUAUCACUAAACUCCACACAGUAAUUGCAUUUAAUCACAUUUUCACAUUUAUUUAAUGAUGGAGAACAGUAAAAACAGCAACUCCAACAAUAUGCAAGGUUUUGAGGAGUUUUAAACAUCAUUAGUGACUAUUGUAAAUUAUAAACAAUUCACUAAAUACCCAUAACAUGUCUAACAUUUUAUUUACCUAAGACUUUCUAGACCUGAUAGUUUUUUAAUGUGAGAUUCUGACGAUAUUGUGAAAAAUUUGCUGUUUUAUCAAAAGCUAAGAUGAAUUUAAGACAAAGAUAAAUCUGUAAAUCUGUUUUUUCUGCUGGUCUCUUUUCAACCUGAAUAUAAUUUAUUUCAGUUCUAGUUCAAAUCUUACUUAAAGCAAUUUGAACCACACCAACAUGUUUCAAUGAAACUGUUCAUAUUUUAAAAAUUUAUUAAAACUAUUAUAUUGUUCAUUCAUUUAAUUUUCCUUCAGGAUUGAUAAAUUGCUGGUAAUUUAACACCUUGAAGUGCCACGCCCAGUCCAAAGAGAUGAACAACUUAAUUUUAAAUCAUAUUAAAUUGCCUCUCUGUUGCCAUGGAAACACUUUGUGCUUCCAGGAAGUUCCUUUCAGAGGUCACAUCACCGGCGGGCUGCAGCCAGGGAAGAAGGUGAUCUUGGUUGGGGUUGUGGAUCCGAGUCCUGAUCGGUUCUACAUUGCUCUGACAUGCGGCCGUGGGUCCAGGGAACCGCCACCUAACGUGGCGCUGGAGCUCUGUGUUCGAUUUAAAGACAGACAGAUCCUGCGGAGAGCCUGCAUGUCAGGAUCCUGGGGCGAAGUGGAGAAAGCGGUUCCUUUUUUCCCUUUUAUCAAGGAUCAGCCCUUUAAGGUUGAGAUCCGCUGUGAACACGGCAGAUUUCAAGCGUUUGUGGAUGGACAGCAGCUGUUUAGCUUUCAGCACAGAGUUCUGCCGCUCAGCCACGUCGACACUUUAUGGAUCAAAGGCAGCUUAAAAAUCACAAAACUUGCCUAAAACAAAAGACUUUUACACUUCAGAAGAUCACAGACGUUUAUAUUUAUCCAAAAAUGCUUUUAUAUGUGUUUAAAAUUGUUCUACUUUUGGCUUACUUUGUUGAUAUAGUUUUCUGUUUUUAGUUGUGAACCUCAUCAUCACUACUGACUGCAAUCUGAUUUUUAUUUGAAAAAUCUAAUAAUUAGCUCAUGUUUUCUCUCAAAAUUAUAGUUUCAUUGCUUUUUGUUAUUUUACGUUCUACUUUGGCUACAAACAUUAUUCUUUUAUUUUUUAUUCUUCCAAUCAUAAUUCAUGAACACUACAUACUUUCUGACUUUACAAAUUAAACUUUCUCUACUACAUUGAAACUUGACUGCUAAUAUGAAGAUACUGUUGGGUUUACUACCUCAGUCCAGUUAUUCACUACCAAAUUAAAUUUCUUUACUUUUAAAAUGUAACCUCUUUGUUUUAUUUUAUGCAAUUGCACAAUAAAACUAGUUUUGAUGUUGCAUUAUAGGAGAUUCAGGUGAAAAUUGUCAUUCUUUGCACAGAUUUCAAUGUGUGUCAUGUCUUUUUAUGUUUUGUAAAAUAAAUAAAUGAUUAAAUGUC